AUGACUUCAACGGCGUUCUUGGCCGCCUUCAGCACAUUUGUUGCUACGUCUCUCGUUUCUGCUGCUGCAACUCCUAGGAAGGGUUGCCAUACUGGCAAAUGUAACUUCCAUCCGUCAAAGUCGCCGCAAUGCUGGGGUGAUUAUUCUCUAUCGACGAAUUGGUACGACAAGGUCCCGGAUACCGGCGUCACAAGAGAAUAUUGGCUGGAAAUACAGAACCGUACGGAGAAGGUCGAUGGGGUUGAGCGCGUGGUCUUGGUGGUUAAUGGAUCGGUGCCGGGACCUACGAUCUUUGCAGAUUGGGGCGAUAGGCUCGUUAUUCACGUGCACAAUGCCUUGGAGAAUAACGGCACUAGCAUCCACUGGCACGGCAUACGACAAAACAAUACAGUUCAGGAAGACGGUGUCGCAUCGAUCACCCAGUGCCCAGUAGCGCCCGGCGAUUCUAUCACGUACCGGUUCAAAGCGGAGCAAUAUGGACAUACCUGGUAUCAUAGCCACUUCGCUCUUCAAGCAUGGAAUGGCGUUUUCGGCGGUAUCGUCAUCAACGGACCAUGCUCGGCGCCUUACGACGUGGAUACAGGCAUUCUCUUCCUAAACGACUGGUUCCACGAGACAACUGACACGUUAUGGGCCACGACGGCGUCGACCGGUGGCCUGCCCCCGGCGCAAAACGGUCUCAUAAACGGGACCAACAUCUACGGAGAUGGAGGAAAGAGGUUCGAAACUACCUUUGCCGCCGGCAAACGCCACCGGAUACGCCUUGUCAACGGGGCCAUCGACACCCACUUCAAGUUCAUGAUCGACGGUCACAAGAUGAAGGUCAUCGCUGCAGAUCUGGUCCCAAUCAAGCCGUACGAGACAGACGUGUUAAGCAUCGCCGUCGGCCAGCGCUACGACGUGAUCGUCGAAGCGGACCAAGGCGGUGGCGACUUCUGGCUGCGCGCCUACCCUGACGGGGCCUGCAGCGCUCCGAACGAGAUGGUAAACGACAUCAAGGGCAUUGUACGGUACGACGCUUCGUCACGUCAGGACCCGACCUCGGCUGCGUACGUGUACACCGAGGAUUGUCUCGACGAGCCGAUGUCUAAACUCGUCCCGUACAUGCCUAUCGACAUCGAUGACGCAUCCGAGGCGGAUAAUUUCGACGUGGGCUUCCUCGUCAACACGCAUGGGAUGUUCAAGUGGACGCUCGACGGCACCGACUUCCUGUCGGACUGGGACGUGCCGACGCUCCAGCAGAGCGUGCUGGACCUGCCAGACUUCAAGGAGGCGACCAACGUGGUGGAGGUGAACGAGACGAACGCGUGGGUGUACUUCGUCAUCGAGAACGGGGCCGCCGGUCUUGGGCUAGCACACCCGAUCCACCUGCACGGGCACGACGUCGUCUUGCUCGCACAAGAGGCUAACGCGGACUUCACGGCGACGACGCCCUUGCAAUUCAAAAACCCGCCUCGGCGGGACGUGGUCAUGCUUCCGGCAAACGGCUUUCUGGUGAUCGGGUUCCUGACGGAUAACCCGGGGGUGUGGCUCAUGCAUUGUCACAUCGGUUGGCACGCCUCGCAAGGAUUCGCGCUCCAGGUGGUCGAGCGGGAGGCGGAGAUCCCCCAGCUAUGCGACAUGGACAGCCUCAAUUCGACCUGCGCGAACUGGCACCACUACGUUGCCGAGAAGGGCAUUAUCCAGGACGAUUCUGGCAUAUGAGCGACCGAGUAGCGCGAUACCCCCGCGUGGCUCCUCGCGAAUUUGAUGUUCGGACGCGCGAGGAGGUGAAAGGUGGAGUGGAGAAGGGUGCACUUGGAUCAUGUUCGUUCGGAUGCAAUAUGCACAUAAACCCAUUCAUCCGACAGGGAGCUGUGCGCUGUAAC